UGGCUGCGUGCCCGCCGCCCGCGCCCCGCGCCCGCGCCCUGCUGCUCGUCCUGGCCGGGGCCCUGCUGGUGCCGCGCGCCGCCCGAGGGGUGAGCGUGGGAAGUAAAUUACUGCCUUCCGUGCAGCCGACCCAAAGGAGGGACCAGAAAGAAGCUUACCAAGUCGUCAGCGCCUCCCUUUUGAACAGAGACUUCGGAGACUUCGGGGACCCCACAAAGGGCAUGGACUCAAAGAAUCAUCCAGAAGUGUUGAAUUUUCUAAUACAACUGGAAAGCGAAGAACUGAUCAUAUAUCUGGAAAGAAAUGAGGGUCUCAUUGCCAGCGGCUUCACGGAAACCCAUUAUCUGCAGGACGGCACAGAUGUCUCCCUCACUCGAAAUUACACGGGUCAUUGUUACUACCAUGGACAUGUGCACGGUUAUCCUGGAUCGAUGGUCAGUCUCAGCACUUGUUCUGGUCUCAGGGGACUUAUUACGUUUGAAAAUAAAACCUAUAUCUUAGAACCGAUGAAAAAUACAACCAAUAGAUACAAACUCUACCCAGCGGAGAGCCUGAAGGGCAUCCUGGGAUCUUGUGGAUUGCAUCGGAACGCCUCGGGCCUCAUGGCGGAUAACUUGCUCCGGCCACCCUCCCAGACGCGGGCAAACAGGCAUAAAAGAGAGACCCUCAGGAUGACCAAGUACGUAGAGCUGGUCAUUGUAGCAGACAACCGAGAGUUUCAGAGGCAAGGAAAAGACCUGGAAAAAGUUAAGCAGCGAUUGAUAGAGAUCGCUAAUCACGUUGACAAGUUUUACAGAGCGCUGAACAUCCGCGUCGUGCUGGUGGGCGUGGAGGUAUGGAAUGACAUGGACAAGUGCUCCAUAAGUCAGGACCCCUUCACGAGCCUCCAUGAGUUUCUGGACUGGAGAAAGAUGAGGCUUCUACCUCGCAAAUCCCACGACAACGCCCAGCUCAUCAGCGGGGUGUAUUUCCAAGGGACCACCAUUGGCAUGGCGCCAAUCAUGAGCAUGUGUACCGCAGAGCAGUCUGGAGGAGUUGUCAUGGACCAUUCAGACAGCCCCCUUGGCGCGGCCGUGACCCUGGCCCACGAGCUGGGCCACAAUUUCGGGAUGAACCACGACACACUGGAGAGGGGCUGUAACUGCAAAAUGACUGCUGAGAAAGGCGGCUGCAUCAUGAACCCUUCGACCGGGUACCCGUUCCCCAUGGUGUUCAGCAGCUGCAGCAGGAGGGACCUGGAGGCCAGCCUGGAGAAGGGAAUGGGGAUGUGCCUGUUCAACCUGCCUGAAGUCAAGCAGUCCUUUGGCGGCCAGAAGUGUGGCAACGGAUAUGUGGAGGAGGGAGAGGAGUGUGACUGUGGGGAACCAGAGGAAUGUACGAAUCACUGCUGCAACGCCACCACCUGCACCCUAAAGCCAGACGCCGUGUGCGCACACGGGCUGUGCUGCCAGGACUGCCAGCUGAAGCCCGCAGGAACGGCGUGCAGGGACUCCAGCAACGCCUGCGACCUCCCUGAGUUCUGCACAGGGGCCAGUCCUCACUGCCCAGCCAACGUCUACCUGCACGAUGGCCACCAGUGCCAGGGGGUGGACGGCUACUGCUACAACGGCAUCUGCCAGACCCAUGAGCAGCAGUGUGUCACACUCUGGGGACCAGGUGCUAAACCUGCCCCCGGGAUCUGCUUUGAGAGAGUCAACUCUGCAGGUGACCCCUACGGCAACUGUGGCAAAGAUUCCAAAAGCUCCUUUGCCAAGUGCGAGAUGAGAGAUGCUAAGUGUGGAAAAAUCCAGUGCCAAGGAGGUGCCAGCCGACCUGUCAUUGGUACCAAUGCCGUUUCCAUAGAGACCAAUAUCCCACUGCAGGAAGGAGGCCGCAUUCUGUGCCGUGGGACCCACGUGUACUUGGGAGAUGACAUGCCGGACCCAGGGCUUGUGCUAGCUGGCACAAAAUGUGCAGAUGCAAAAAUCUGCCUCAACCGCCGAUGUCAAAAUGUCAGUGUCUUUGGUGUCCAUGAAUGCGUGGCCCAGUGCCACGGCAGAGGGGUUUGCAACAACAGAAAGAACUGCCACUGUGAGGCCCACUGGGCCCCCCCCUUCUGCGACAAGUUUGGCUUCGGAGGAAGCACAGACAGUGGCCCUGUCCGACAAGCAGAUAACCAAAGCCUCACUGUAGGACUCCUGGUGGCCACCCUGUGUCUUCUUGCAGCGGGAUUCGUGGUGUAUCUCAAAAGGAAGACCUUGAUACAGCUGCUGUUUACAAAUAAAAAGAACACUAUUGAGAAACUAAGGUGUGUGCGAGCUUCCCGGGCCUGCGGCGGCCCCCAGCCCACACGGGCUCACCUCACCCACCUCAGCAAAGGCCUGAUGAGGAAGCCACCACCUUCCAGCACACCUAAGGACAAUCCCAGAAGAUUGCCACCAUGCCAGAACGUGGACAUCAGCAGACCCCUCAAAGCUGUUGAUGUCCCUCAGCCCAGUUCACCUCAGCGAGUGCUCCCGCCCCUCCACCAGGCUCCACGUGUCCCCAGCGUCCCUGCCAGACCUCUGCCCACCAACCCUGUGUUCAGACAGGCCCAGGAAACGCGGAAGCCAAAUCCUCCUCAGAAGCCUUUGCCAGCAGAUCCCUUGAGCAGGACGACUCGGCUCACCAGUACCUCUGGGAGGACCCUAGGACAGCCAGAAUCCGGGCUCCGCCUGGCUCCUCUCAGACCUGCUCCUAAACUUCCACAUCAAGUGCCCAGACCUGCCCACGCCACCUACAUGAAGUGAGAAGCAAGCCAAUCUCUUUCUCCAACAGUGAAGACAGAAGUUUGCACUAUCUUUCAACUCCGGUUGGAACUAUUUUUUUUGUACCAACUCUUAGGAUUUUUAAUGUUUAAAACACCAUUAUUUUAAGGACUUUGAGCUACUGCCGUCGGUGCUGUGCUAUGGUGCUCUGUAUUCUUGCUCAGGUACUUGUAAAUUAUUAAUUUAUGCUGAAUGUUUACUGCAGUGCAGUGCGCUGUGGCAGGCAUCUUUACACCACCAUUGAGUUUUCCAUGGAAGGGAGGCUUUGUGCUUUUAAUAUUUUAGUGAACUUGAAAUACCCCACAUCAUGGGACUCUGGACAGGAUGCUUAGUUCCUGAGUCUUUAUUGGAAAGCCAAUACUAACAGUUCCACAAUGACCCAUGGCAGGGAUUCUGGUACCAGAUCCAGCUCGAGGCCCCCCGAUGGAACCUUGAGUGAUGUUCUGGAACCCACCCCCCCUCCCCCCGCCCAUUUCAGGCCAGAGCCUGGGGGCUCCAGUCCGGAGGUGUGCUUGGCUUUCAGGGAGGCCCCUUCAUGGCUGGCUGGCAGGCAGGCCCCCAAGGGGCCACACCUUGAAGCUCCAGGCACCAGCAAAGGGUCUGGUUUCUGGCCAGAAUACUCUAGAGAACCUGGGUUGCAGACAGGAAUUUUAGGGUGUGACCACACCAGGACAGAAACUGGAACAAGGAGGCCAGGCAGGAACACAUUUGGAGAGCAGGCAAGGAAGAGGUUCGUGGUCCUGCUCCAGGUUUUACUCGAUGGAAACACCAAGGGCAGCUUUUCCUGGCUUGCCUUAAGAGUGCUGGCCCCAGCACAGUAUUUAGACUGGGAAAAUGGUGUUGCUACAAGAAAGCUAUUGCCGGGUACUGUGACCCUCCACCUCCCCGUACUAUUUGGAGCUCUGCAACCCUCCACCUCCCUGUACUGUUUGGAGCUAAGCAAAUUACCACCUCGUCUUCUCAGCUGUAAUGCAGGGAUCCUGGGUUCAGACAGAUUGCUGAGGCUGUCCAUGGGGCCAUAACUAGUUUCAGAUGUGAACCUGUAACCAGAUCCAGUCAAUCAAGUCAGUAGAUAAAAAUCUCCUUUGACUGCAGGGUUCAACUUAUUAAAAAUUAGGCAGAAUCCCUAUGCUUGCAAAAACUACAGUCAAAUGGAAUGCUGUAUUCACUGGGCUAGCCUGUCUGCUAUCCUUACUAUUGUGCAUUAGACAAGGAACCAGGAGUUAUCACUAAGUUCUCUUUGGGGCCUCUUGUGUUCCUAGCUUCGCUACAGGAAUCCUUAAAAGAUAUUUUCAACAUAGAAUCAGAAUCUAUUUUUUAAACCCUUGCAGCCUACCUGUUGAGCAUCCUGACUGUGAUUAAGGAAAUCAAUUUGCUAAUUCUAAGUAUUCAUGAAGUACAGGCUUGGGCAGCAGUCCCUCCAACCCUUUACUCUUCAGAUGUCUGACUGGGGAGCCAUUUUCACAAGGUGAUCUUUUAAGAAGCCUGUAUCUAAUGACAUGAAAAAUUCAAAAAUACUUAAAGAAAAAUGCCAUUCUGCCUCUCUCUGUCUUCCAGUGGGGUCAUGUGUGACUAGGGUAAUUGACAAUAGUUCCAUAAUUCACUCUGGGCGUUUUAUGAUAAAGGCUUCUUUGGGGAUCAUUUCAACAGCUUUUCUAUUCUUUGAAGCAGACAGAAAAAUGUAUCAAGAAUCUUGGUUUUCCUUCCAGAAAACAAUACUGCAUUUAGCUUCCCCUUCCCCCUCCAGUGUUCCCCACUGUAUCUAGGCAACAUAGUAUUCAUGAUUAUACAUAAACUAAGUAAACCCAUGCCACAAACACACACAAAAGGGAACCCAGCUCUAAUACAUUCCAGCUCUUUUACAGUGUGUGCAUCUGUUUAUUAUUAAUUUUGUUAAAAAAUGUAAAGCCAUGUUAAAUAUCAUUGCUGAUGAGAUACAUAUAGGAUGACUGUAACUGGUAUUACAUUUGGUAACUGUAUUUAAGGCCAAAGCAGAUACUAUUGAAAUGGUUUACAGAAUUGUCAUGGUACAGUAUAUAUAUAUAUAUAUAUAUAUAUAUAUAUAUAUAUAUAUAGGCAUUGUCUUUAUAGAUGCUCAGAUCCUUAGAUACUAUUUCCAGUAAGAGGAUGUGAACUUUUUCCCUUAACUGUAGUUCCUAUUCUUCUAUUUCAGAGACCCGUUUGAUAUUAAAAAAAAACACCCAGUGCCCUUGAGGGAGUUAAAGCUGUGAUCACGUCAUCGGUGGCCACGUAGGGGCUGUGGCUGAUGACACAUUCCUGUCUCCACAGUACUAAUUAACUUUUAUCGAGCCAUGCAGUGUCUUUCUGGAUAAGAAUGUAUUUAAAUCUAAUGUUCCCUUAUAAUACUCAUACUAAUACUAAAGGAAUAAUACUUCCAAGAUGCAGUAUUUAUCAAAUGAAGCCUAUUUAGCAAUGACUUUCAUUCAGUGGAACUUAGGAAAAGAACCAAUGACCAGGUUUGGGGGGGCGGUGCUAGUCCUCUGUUUUAUGUCCUCAGAGAUGAUGGAAGCAAAGAUCACAGGGUUAUAUUCAGUGGCCGUCUGACUACUCCUUCGUAUUUUCAAGAUUUAUGGGCAUGAGGAAUAGAGGUGACUUGAGUGUUGCGGGGCCACCAUUGAGUAUUUCAACGUGCCCUAGCCACCCAGGAGACCCUGAGGUUAGUGACUUUCUAUGACCCUGCUUUACUGGGAGGUAGAUGACUGAUUUUCUAGGCAUUCCAUUUAAAAAGUUUAUCUCCUGAAAUUUUUUGUAACUGCUUGCUUUCCCAACACAUGGAAUCGGACGUGUAGCAACCAAGGAAACAAUGUAUAACAUUUUCCAUUGUCAGAGCAUGGAGGCUAGACUGCCCAGUGAGAGGUCUUUCAGCUCACACAUGUGAGAUGAUGUCACAGAAACCACAAAAGCAACAAACUAAACUACAUGAGAAUAAAUACUCCCGACUCCUCUCUGAGGGAACACUUUUAUGCCUGCCUUAACUUUAUUAGGAAUUCUCAGGCUGAGACGCUAGGCUGUUGUUCUCUGGCAUCAGUGCAGUCACACCAAGGCCCCCCGAAAGAGAACUGCUCAGACUUGGGUCUGUGUGAAAGAUAUUCUUGGGAGCCUGUGAUCUCCCGUGGUGCUAAGAGACCUGGGGCUGGCUGAGGAGAACCCCUGGGGGCCUCGGCCGCCUCUCAGUGGGUAUUUCCCAAGUACUCUGAGCCAGUGGGCCUUGUUGACCAAAAGGGCUGCUACCUGGGCAGCUGGGCCAGAGCUUCCUAAUCACUCAGACUUCAUGAGACUUAUUUCAUUUUAACACUUUGGCUGUGCAGGGCUCCCUGGGCACUCUGGAAGCAGGACGCCAGGACCCACUUGGUCUACCUGCCCGCUCCCAGGGCUCCUAGGAGGUCCUUCCUCAUUGCUUCCCAAAGGGCCUCAGCCACACACAAGUGACUCUCCCAGAUGCCCUCCACCACAACUUCUGGCCCAGAGGGGUGACUCUCGGGCUGUGAGUUUCACACACUAUGAAUGGCUGGUCAGGGAUAUGGUAGGUGCUAUGUUUUUUCCGCCCCCACCACAGCUGCCAUCCCAUGCUGGAAGCCAGCCCUAGGCUGCCCCAGUUCCUCCCAAGGGCACAUCAGCAGGCCCAUAAGCACAGCUGGACACGGGAAACCAGAGGUUAUGACCCUGAUUGGCCUUCCCCUAUCGCCCAGAUCAUGGUGACCCAGUGUGGUCACCAUGAGUUGGAAUUGACAGCAACUAACAACAACAUCCAGAUACACGUCCAGUUCCCAGGCCAAACCCAAUGGUGGUGCUUCUCCCGUCUCUGCCAGACAAAGCCCUGCUCUCAGGGCUCCUCCAGGUCAGCCACAGUGGGGCCUGCCACAGUGUGUGGCCACCCUGGUGGGUUUACACACGGACACCCCAAGCCCACCUGCAGCAGGGGCACCAUGACAUGGGGGCCUUGUAUUCAGUGGAACCCCUCCCACAGGCAUGUCUCCCAGUGACCUCCUUCCUGAGGACUUAAAUUAACUCACCUAUGAUAGCAAAAUUCUCUUAACUCGCUCAAAAGUUUCUACCCAUAUUUGUUUCCUUCAAACCUAUUUGAGACCCCUAUUAAGAGUGAUACAGGCCCAAGCUCCAUGACAGAUCGUGGAGGUAAAAAAAAAAAAAAAAAAAAGUGAUACAGGUAACACUCUAAGGAGGGUUUUAAGCCCACUUUGUCUACACAGUAAGGAUGUUUCCAGAAGCCAUUUGCCUGUAUAUCAAGGCGCAGUUUCCCUGCCUUUCAUAAAGAUAUUCCUUCCCUUUUGGAACAACAAUGGCAGCUACGGUACAGCCAUCAAGAACUGGUUUCACAUGCACAAGGCCAGGAAAAGAAAGUCUGGGUAUGAAACCCUUAGUCAGUGAUGGACGGUGGUAGCCAGAAGGUGGAACACACAAUUUGAUGUGAUUCGGCUCCUCCAGGCUGAAGACCCUGUAACCCACCCUGAUUGUCCACAUUUUCUAAAAACAUGUUCUCCCUCGAUAACUUUUUUUUUUUGUCCUUAAUUUAGCACCUUUUAGGGCCAAACAGGAAGGAGCCCUGGUGACACGAUGGUUACGUGCUAGGCUGCUAACCGAAAAGUUUGUGGUUCAAACCCACCAAGGCAAUCUGCUGCCAUAAAGAUUACAGCCUAGAAAACCCUGUGAGGCAAUUCUGUGCUGUCCUACAGGCUCACUGUGUCACAUAGGCUUAAUUUGAAUCAGAAUUGACGUGAUGGCACACAACAACAUGAGUUGGAACCGACUUAAUGGCACAUAACAACAACAGAGCCAAGCAAAAGAAUAAAUAUCAUGUGAUCGUUUUAGUUUUACAAAGAAGUGAAUGACAUCUAUGUUCAUGGCUUAUAAACAGGUACUUUAAGUAUGACAAUGAAAGAAUAUAUAUCACAUUAGAAAGACAAAUCCUCUAAGAUUCCAGGGCAGUACACCUGGUGGUACAGGGCUACCAAUUCCCUCUUCCCUUCUCUGAGGUUAGCUGGUAGGCUGGAGGGAAGGCUCGUUGCUUGAAUGUGUGUGGCAACUAUUAAGUAUAACUGUUUAAACUUGGCUACAGGCUAUUUAGCACAGUACAGAUUAAACUUACAGCUACAUAAACCAGCACAUUAAUUUUAUAGUGCUUCAACCAUUUAUAAUGCUUUGGUUUGCUUUUUUUUUCCACAUACCUUUUUAUGUUACAGUCUGUUACUUUUGUACGCAUUUCUUAUAUCAGGGUUCUACAGGUAAACGCCACCUGAAAAAGUCAUUGUUAAGAAUAUUAUAUCCAAUAAAUGGUAUACAACGAGUAUAAA